UACCUUUCUCCUUUGAACCAGAAAUCACAGAGGGCUCCGACCGUAGACGAAAAUUAUUAAAUUCUAUAAAAAUCAAAGCUAAUUGUGAAAUUUGACGGUCACGAUUGAAUCACAAAAUGUCGUGGCAGGUUUACGUCGACGAUCACUUGAUGUGCGACAUCGACGGCCACCAUCUGGCCUCCGCGGCCAUCGUCGGUCACGACGGUAGUGUGUGGGCCCAGAGUUCCGCCUUCCCUAAGUUCAAGCCCGAAGAAAUUACGGCGAUAAUGAAAGAUUUCGAUGAGCCAGGGUCUCUUGCUCCAACUGGGUUACAUCUUGGUGGCACAAAGUACAUGGUUAUUCAGGGAGAGGGUGGAGCUGUCAUUCGUGGAAAGAAGGGCUCUAGUGGCAUUACUGUGAAGAAAACUGGCCAGGCUCUGGUUUUCGGUAUAUAUGACGAGCCCUUGACUCCAGGACAAUGUAAUAUUAUUGUGGAGAGGCUGGGGGACUACCUAAUUGACCAGGGGCUGUAGCUCAUCUCACAAUCAUCGUUUUCAUAUCUUGAAAUUCUCUCUUUUUGGGCUUGCAUCUACUUCCUGCUAUUUGGCCAUGAACUGGCACUGGUGGUGCUGCUGGGAAUAACCAUGUGCAGACAGAAGCAGUGACUAUUGGUGUUCUAGGAUUGUUUUAUUUACUUCUCUGAUUUCCUUGUUUUCUUAAUUGUGUAUUUAAUCACAGCUGUGUGCUCCUAUUGACUGCAUUUUUUAAGUUUGAAAAAGCUUGGAUUUCAUGUUAUUGUGAUGUGAUUAAA